AUGCUAGCAGCCAUCGCCGCGCAAAGCCUCGCCUUCCACGCCCCACGGACCGCUCCGCCCAGCGACCGCUCCGCGCGCGCCGUGCCGCCGUCGCUUGGCUGGCUCGGUGGCGCUGCCAGCCUGACCGACGAGGCCAAGGCGGCGCGGGCGCGCGAGGAGGAACUUGUGAGCUGGCUGCAGGACAACGACGUGUACAUGUCUCCCCAGAGCGGCUGGGGCCGCGCUGGCCACCCGCUGCGCGUCGAGUCCGACACCAGUGACGACUUUGAGCCGUCUGGCCGCGGGCUGAUUGCGCGGCGCAGCAUCAUCCAGAACGAGCGGCUGCUCGAGGUGCCAGGCCGGCUGGUGAUGACAAAGGCGCGCGCGCAGGAGGUGCUGGGCGCCGCGGUGCCGGAGGAGAUGGGCGAGUACAUCGCGCUCGCGCUGCUGCUGGUGCACGAGCGCGCCAAGGGCUCCGCGUCGAUGUGGGCGCCCUACAUUGGCGUGCUGCCGAGCAUCGAGGACGUCGGGCCGAGCUACGCGUGGGCCGAGGCGGAGGGGCCUAGAAGGGGAAUGCGGAUUCUUGCGGAGCUGGCGCUGCUGAAGGGGUCGGGCGCGCUGGACUCGACGCGCUCCUUCCAGGCCAAGCUGCAGGCAGAGUACGCCGCGCUGCGCGAGACGACGCUCGCGCGCCACGCCGACGUCUUGCCCGCAGACGUGGUCACGUACGACGCGUUUGUGUGGGGUGCG